AUCCAUUAAAUAAUUGUUCGUAUAAAGCCUUUCAUCUUCGACAAAACCCUAGACUGAGUGACAGCUGAAACUCGAUUGCAAAAAUGGUGCAGCGUCUCACAUAUCGCGCCCGGCACAGCUACGCCACCAAAUCCAACCAGCACAGGAUCGUCAAAACCCCUGGAGGGAAGCUAGUGUAUCAGACGACUAAGAAGAGGGCAAGCGGGCCCAAGUGCCCUGUUACUGGCAAGAGGAUUCAAGGGAUCCCUCACUUGAGGCCUACUGAGUAUAAGAGGUCCAGAUUAUCUAGGAAUCGGAGGACUGUUAACCGAGCUUAUGGAGGUGUAUUGUCUGGAGGUGCUGUCAAAGAAAGGAUCAUCAGGGCCUUUCUGGUGGAGGAACAGAAGAUUGUGAAAAAGGUGUUGAAGAUCCAGAAGGCAAAGGAAAAGCAAGCUUCAAAGACCAAAUGAAACUCUACUGAGUUCUAAGUAGCUUCAGACUACACUGAUUUUGGCUUAUGGUGAGCUAUGGGAUCUAUUUCGAGGUGUUCCAAUUUGUACCUUUACAUUUUGUUGUGGAUGGUUUAAGUUAUGAUGUUAAGUACAUUUUCUUCAGAAAUCCAUCCUACCAUGGAAUUUCCUGUUUUGUAUUUCAGUGGUAACAUAUACGCUUUCGAAUUAUUUGUGUAGUGUCAGAUUACUAGCUUUA